UUAAACUCGAAAGCAAGGAACACAGUAGGCGGUUACUAAAGCGAACGAACCCAUCUUCAUCCAAAAUCACCUUAUUCCCUACAGCCGGGUAUCAUCGAAAGCCAUUUUUGGAAAUACAAGAUGACUGACCAGAGCGACUUGGACCGCCAGAUUGAGCAACUGCAGCGCUGCGAGUUUAUCACGGAGGCCGAGGUCAAUUCCUUGUGCGCCAAGGCCCGGGAAAUCCUGGCGGAGGAGAGCAAUGUGCAACGCCUGGACACGCCGGUAACCGUUUGCGGCGACAUCCACGGCCAGUUCUACGAUUUGAUGGAGCUGGUCAAGGUGGCCGGUCGUGUGCCCGAGAAGAACUUCCUCUUCAUGGGCGACUUUGUGGACAGGGGCUACUACAGCGUGGAGACAUUCCUGCUCCUGCUGGCCCUUAAAGUGCGCUAUCCGGACCGCAUCGCCCUGAUCCGUGGGAAUCACGAGUCCCGUCAGAUCACCCAGGUGUAUGGAUUCUACGACGAGUGCAUGCAGAAGUACGGCUCUGCGGCAGUUUGGAUGCAAUGCAUGGAUGUCUUCGACUACCUCAGCCUGGCGGCCAUCAUCGGUGGCAAGGUAUUCUGCGUCCACGGCGGCCUGUCGCCAGCCAUCCAGUUCCUGGACCAAAUCCGCUGCCUCGACCGCAAACAGGAGGUGCCGCACGAGGGACCCAUGUGCGAUCUGCUCUGGAGCGAUCCGGAGGACCAGGUGGGCUGGGGAGUGUCGCCACGAGGGGCUGGCUACCUCUUCGGCGGGGAUGUGGUCGACGAGUUCAACCACUCCAACAAUUUGGACCUGAUUUGCCGAGCCCACCAGCUGGUGAUGGAGGGCUACAAGUAUCACUUCAAUCAAUCCGUCCUGACCGUCUGGUCAGCUCCCAACUACUGCUAUCGCUGCGGCAAUGUGGCGGCCGUUCUGCUACUGGACAAUGACGGCCACAGCCGCGACUUUGUCAUCUUUCGGGAUGCUUCACAGGAACAUCGUGUCGUUCCCACCAAAAAGCUGCAAGCGGAUUACUUUCUCUAGGAUGAUUUUCGCUACUCCUCUGUAAGCGGUAGUGGCCAUUCCACUGGAGGCCCACAAAAAUCACCAAAAGAAACAACAACCACCAAUGUACCUAAGCAGCAGCCAAUGAACUAUUGUUCAUCUAUUAAAAUUGUGCUUUGCAUCUAGCUAUUAAUUAAUGGAACUACUUCAUAGGGACUUUUGCCAUCUUUCUUGAAAUAAAUAUGGAGAAAGUAGUAAUUUAAUACUUAAAAUAAA